AUGUUUGAGGAAGUCCAACGGGAAAAGUACAGGGAUGAGAUUGAUUACAACACCUUGAAGCCGCCAGCAGCGAUAUGGGCAGCGUACAAGACGAAUCUGCUCGUCAAGUCGAAGAUAGUGCACGAGUUCGGCGGCAUUGUCCUCUGGUAG